UCACCCGGCUCUCAUUUCAAUUCACUGCCCUGCAUGCUCUCAGUCCUCGAGAGUGGUUGGUUGAUUAGUGGAAAUAAAUUAAUUUUUCCUAGGGUUUCCAUAUUUUUAACUUUCAGAAAUGUCGAAGAGAGGUCGUGGAGGUACGGCAGGAGCCAAAUUCCGCAUCUCCCUUGCUCUUCCCGUUGGCGCAGUGAUGAACUGUGCCGAUAACACGGGAGGAAAGAACUUGUUUGUUAUUGCUGUCCAAGGAAUUCGAGGUCGGCUUAACAGAUUGCCAGCCGCCGCCGUAGGUGACAUGUUCGUCUCCACCGUGAAAAAGGGAAAGCCAGAGUUAAGAAAAAAGGUCAUGCCGGCUGUGGUCAUUAGGCAGCGGAAACCUUAUAGGAGGAAGGAUGGCGUGUUUCUCUACUUUGAAGAUAAUGCGGGGGUUAUCGUUAAUAACAAGGGCGAAAUGAAGGGUUCAGCUAUCACCGGUCCAGUCGCGAAAGAAUGUGCCGACUUGUGGCCCAGGAUUGCAUCCAAUGCUGGUUCGAUCGCGUAGGAUUAUGAAGGAUAGUGAAUACCAAUUUCUCUUUUUAUUGACGAGUUAAAACUGGAAAUAAAUAUAUACUUUCCAGAAAAACUGAAA